UUACUUGAAGCAGAAUAGAUAAAGAUAGCGUAAUAUAUUGAUAACAACAAACGUCGAGAACUUCCAUUCUUCAGACGAACAUGAAACUGCUUUCCGUUUGGUUAUUUAUUGGUUUCACAUCAUGUCACGGAUGUAAUGUGGGCUGGAUACAGUUUCAAGAUAAAUGUUACUUGUUCAGCCAUACACUAGACAGCUGGGCAGAUGCUGCCGGAGUUUGUAGUGUAUUCCAUUCCAAGUUGGCCGAACCAAGAACUGCAGCUGAAUCCAAGUUUUUAAUCAGCCACAGCCAAUCCCAAGGGGGAAAUUUCUGGAUCGGUAUAUCUGAUAUCAUUGAGGAAGGAAGAUGGGAAUAUUCUGACCAGACUGUCAUCACUGUUAACGAUUUUGUCCCUGGUGAACCGGACCAGCAUACCACUGGAAACUGUGCGAUAUUGUGGCAGGGCUACCACGGACGCUGGGGAGACUAUUUCUGCUCAAUUCCAUCUAAAUUCAUCUGUGAAACUGACGUUAUAUUACCUGGUUCAGAUCUUAUUGGAUGAUUUAAGUAACAAUUAUUCAAAUUCAGGAAAAAUAAAGGAUAACCUAUAAGCCAGGAGUCUGUUGUCUUCCUAAAAAAAAUUUAAGUACACAUUAUCAGACAUGGUGUGUUUCC